AUGUCUCAACACCACGAAAACAUCUUCGACAAAAUGUUCCACCACCACAAACACCAAGACUCCCAGCAGAGUGCCAGCCAAGGGAAGAACGACAGCGCCCAAUACGCCUCUCAGCAGAGCAACCUGCACGAAGAGGAAAGUCAACCCUCGCAUCAUGGAGAAGAAGAGGGGGUGGUGAAUAGGUUUGAGGAUUAUAUUAAGGAGGAUGAGGAGUUGGAGAAGGAGGGCCAGACCUAUGGGGGGUUAAUGUGA